UCUUGAUGUGGAGUUCCUUCGCUUCGCUGCUGUUUGUCCCAGUCUGUGGUACUGUACUGUACCGGGGAGCUCGGCUAAAAUGGCUGCAAGCAACUAUUUCGGGUUCACACAUGGUGCCAGUCCGCAGUACAGUACCCAGCCUCCCACGGCUUACUCCCAUCCCUCUACAGCCAGCUACAGUGUCCAGCAGGCUCCAGCAGUGGCCCAUGCAGUGACUGCCUCCUACUCCCCAGCUCCUGUCCAGGCAGCCAGGCCUGUGGCCUCUUCCCCCUACCCCACCUACCAGAGCCACCAGGCACCUCCAGACUACACCUACAGGCAGCCCGAUCCUCCACAGCCCACCACUACCCCACAGACGUACCAGGUAUACUCAGACAUGCAGCAGGAAAACUACAGCUACGUGCGUCCUGCUGCAGUUACAACUUAUGACAACAAACAGUAUUACCAAACGAGUGUAGCAUCAGCUCAGAGGACGCCCACAGAUAACUAUUACCAGACUGUCUCUGUAGGAGUGAAGAGCGCCUACAGCCCAGCUCCCUCCACUGCGUACAGCCAGCCUCCUCUGCCCCAGAGACAGGUGACUGCCCUCAAACCUCUGGUCCCCUCCAGUGCUGUGUCAACCAGCUACAACAUCUACCCAGUGUCCACUAGCGUCCAACAGCCUCCAACACCCAUUUCAUCAUACACACCGGGCUCCUCAUUCAGCUCCACCGUUUCCGCUACCUCCUACUCAGGCAUCAGCUACUCCAGUUACGAUUCUAUUGGCUACACCUCUGCAUCCACCCCCUCCUAUUACCAGCCAGCUCAGCAAACUCUGUCCCAACCCCAGCCUCCACCGCAGCAGCCGCAACAACCCCAGCCCUCCAUUCAGCAACCACCAAAACAGUUGACAAGUUCCUCUUGGAGUACCUCAGGGAGCAACAUGGUGACGACUCCGACCGUCAACUCCUACAAAAAGCCGGCCUUCCUCCAGAACAAGCUGCAACGGCCCAAAGGGCCCCCUAAACAGUCUCAGCUUCAUUACUGUGACAUUUGCAAGAUCAGCUGUGCAGGCCCUCAGACAUACCGGGAACACAACGAGGGUCAGAAACAUAAAAAAAAGGAAGCAGCCCUGAAGGCAGGGGGGCAGACUGGGACCACCAAUGGACCCAGGGGAGUCCAGACCCAGUUACGUUGUGAACUGUGUGAUGUAUCAUGUACUGGGGUUGACGCUUAUGCCGCCCAUAUCCGGGGAGCCAAACACCAGAAGGUGGUAAAACUUCACACCAAGCUUGGCAAACCUAUUCCCUCCACUGAACCAGUGUUGGUGAAUUCUGCCCCAGUUACAACAAACUCCACAAGUGGGAAACCUGCAGCAUCAACCUCCGUGUCUGCCUUGGUUUCGACCGUUUCAACCCCGGUUGUAACACCCAAACAGUUGGCUGUGACCACCACGGCCAAAACAGCCCCACCAAUCAAGAAACCAGCUCCCACCAAAAUAACUCUGACUUCCAACAAGCCGGCCAGCUCUCCUGCAGCAGCACCUGUGAUGACUGUGGUGACUAAGGAGGAACCAGUUCAGCUGUCAGUCCAGAAGAUGGAGCCACAGACUGAAGAUGAGCGAUCUGACCAGGCUGGAGGCCAGGGAGACAUCCAGCCUGUGGGACAUGACUAUGUGGAGGAGGUACGCAACGAGGAUGGAAAGGUGAUUCGAUUUCACUGUAAACUCUGUGAGUGCAGCUUCAAUGACCCCAAUGCUAAAGACAUGCACCUAAAGGGACGAAGGCACAGGCUGCAAUACAAAAAAAAAGUGAACCCAGAGCUGCCUGUGGAGAUCAAGCCGAGCAAUCGGGCCAGAAAGCUUCAAGAGAGCAAGCUGAAGAAGCAGAAGCAGAAGGCUGUGCUGAAGAGACAGAGAGAGGAUGAGCAGCGCUGGCACAUGGAGAUGAGACGGUAUGAGGAGGACAUGUACUGGAGAAGGAUGGAGGAGGAGCAGAUGUACUGGGGGGAGCAGAGGCGCAGGAUGCCUCCUCCACCUCCUCCGCCUCUAAUGAGUCGCCCUGGCAUGCCAGUUCCCCCUCUACUGAAUUGUGUCCGGCGCCCUGACUCUGCUGAUGAUCGUCACAUCAUGGCCAAGCAUUCGACUAUUUACCCGGUGGAAGAGGAGCUUCAAGCUGUUCAGAGGAUCGUCUCUCAUUCUGAAAGAGCUCUGAAACUGGUGUCAGACUCUCUGCUCGACAAGGAGGAACCAGCAAUCCCCUCUACUGUUGCUGAGGGAGAGGUUACAAGCGCUGAGAACCCGGCCCGGCUGUUAAAAGGUGUGAUGAGAGUGGGGAUCCUAGCCAAAGGCUUGCUGCUUCGCGGGGACAGGAAUGUGGAGCUCAUACUACUAACAGCUAAGAAACCCACCGUGUCAUUACUGAAGAGCAUCGCCAAGCAGCUGCCAAAGGAACUAUUGACAUUUUCUGAAGAUCAGUAUGAGGUGCAGGCUCAUCCCGACGAGGCGAACAUCGUGAUAUGUUCAAGCCAGGAGCCCAAAAUGCAGGUGACCAUUUCUCUCACCUCGCCGCUGAUGAGGGAGGACACUGCUGCUGAGAAGGACAAGCAGGCAGAAGGAAAAGCGGCCGAGAAAGAUAUGUCAGAGAAGGAUCCUCCUGAUGUUUUAAACAUGAAGAAAUGUUUGGAUAACCUGGCUUCCCUCCGACAUGCCAAAUGGUUUCAGGCUCGUGCAAAUGGAUUGCAGUCCUGUGUGAUCGUCAUUCGGGUGCUGAGAGAUUUAUGUCAGCGUGUUCCUACCUGGGGGAAGCUGCCUAGCUGGGCAAUGGAGCUGCUGGUGGAGAAGGUGAUCAGCAGCGCUUCAGGCCCGCUCAGCCCCGGGGAGGCCAUGCGGCGGGUCCUGGAGUGCAUCUCCACAGGCAUCCUGCUUCCAGACGGCCCUGGCCUGAUGGAUCCCUGUGAGAAGGAGCCAACAGAUGUGUUGGAGAGCAUGAAGCUUCAAGCCCGGGAGGACAUAACUGCCAGCACACAGCAUGCUUUGCGGCUUCUUGCUUUCCGUCAGAUCCACAAGGUUUUGGGCAUGGAGUCGCUUCCAGCGUCUAAGGCCAACGCACGCAACCGCAAACGCCGACGGGAUGUCAGCGACACGGGGGAAGGAGAGGGAGAGGGCAAAAAAGACAAAAAGGAAGAAGCUUGACCUCUGCCCCCCACAGCAGAGGUGUUUGCUAGUUUAGAGACUGGUAGAAUGUCACUUUUUUUUUUUAAUCUCAGAAAAAACUUUAACCCACAGAUGUACACGUAUAAAUAUAACCUAUGACUCUACAUGUUACAUGUCUACCGUUAAAUCAAGAGGAAUUAUGUAUUUGGAGAAGGUUUUGGGCUGAUGGUUGAAGACCAGAUUUAAUGCAGUUUAUUUUGAAGCUGCAAUUAUUUCAGUUUAUUUAAAACUAAUAAUAAUAAUUAUGUUAAAGAUGCAUCAUUCCAAUUCGGUUUUGAGUCACACUAUUAAACCGAACCCUCUGUUUUUAUCUUAAGCAAUCACCACUUUUAUUUCCUGUCUCCUUAAAGUCUCAAGUACACUAAGACACCUUCACCUCAAGUUUUAUUUGUAGUGCUUACCUCUGCUGUUCUUCAGGCCAGCUCACUCUCACUCCUGAUCUCACUGAGUUAACUUUGCUGCUUAAAAAUACUUCGUUAAAUAUAGGAAGCUUUUUAACGUUGGAGGAGUAAGAACCACAUAAAAUACUGUGAUGUUUUCCGGUGCCUACAGAUAUAAAAUAGCGAAAAAAGGGUGUAUAAAUAUUUAGGUUACUUUUGCACCAGUUAAAGCUCCUCUGGUUUUAUUUACACAUUAUGAGACUUUAGGGUUGAGCUCAACCCCCUUUAUGAAACCUACAAAACAAGUCAAACUAAUUUAAGUUAUGAAACCUACAUAGACAGGAACUAACCUCUGAGGUUUUGUCUUUAGGGGCUCACUUGAAAAUAUGUUCGUCUCUGCAGAUGGAGGUCUUUCCUUGCACAGUUUUAUUCAGAGGAAACAAAGCACUUAAGAGAUGACAAUGUAUGCAGCCAUAGUUCUAUCUUUUUAGAUAUUAUGCCUAGAAAUCCUGUUUUUCUUCCAAAGAAGGUUUAGGGGAGGGGAGGAUCUUUAGUCAGACAAAUAAGACUGAAAAUCUGCUGUAUGGAUCAAAAGGUUACAGUCCCUUGACUUUCUUCCUUGUGCCUGCGUCAUGUGUAUUACAAAAGACUGAGUAGGGGGAACAUUUAUAAGUUGUUCUACGUGGUUAGUGUUGUCUCGGUAAAUGGUACAGGAAGGGACGGUUGCACAACAUAAAAACCGAUAUGAGAGAGUUACUUGAUAUGUUUUAGUUUGGUGUUUAUUUACAAAGAGCCUCAUAUAUGAGUCCUGCUUAUUUUAUUUACAAAGGACGUCGCAGUCUGUUUUUGUAUUGUUUAAACGGGAAGUGUGAACGUCGCUGUUCUAUUAUUUGAAUGUAUUUGUAGUGAUGCGUAAAAUUAAGAGGAGGUAAUAAAACGCUCUUCAGAC